AUGUUCCUUCAAAGUUGGGCUACCAAGAGAUGCGAUAUCCAAGGAUAUUUUCAGAUUCAAAAGAACAACUUCAAAGAUAUCUCAUCCAACAUCGAAACUCUAAGCCACAACUCAGCUCAAAUCAGCUCCACUUGGGACCUCCAAACAAGUGGUGGUGCCUGGUGCCACAAAGUCAAUACCAGAUGCAAGCACGAUGACAUCUCGAAGCAAAAGGCUGAUAAGACCCAGAAUCAUGCCACACACCAACAUCGAAAUCUCCAUCCAGAUCAGAACCGACCUCGGUAACUGGAUCGGCUAACCAGUGUAACACACCUAGAGUCUCAUCAGGAAGCAGAAGGAUCAAUAAACAUCUUCCAGAAACAUCUGUGCGAACAACAAUAAUAAGAACAACCUUAACACCAAUAAGUUAAACAAGAGCAAAAGGGCGGACCAUCAGCAACAGUAUCUGCAGGACCAAAUGCCUCGUCCAUGUUUUACAAGCAAACAACACGACCCCUUCCCUCCUACAGCAGGAGAGGUUCCAGGUCUAGGUUCCAUCACAUUCCCUCAACACAUGUACUAUACAAAGCCAAAGGAUUACGAUUCUAGAACCAGUCCAAAAACCUCCUUGACAACCUUCCGAGGAAUCAAAAAGAAAAGGGGACAACAAAAAAGAAAAAUCCACGGAGUACACCUCAAACGAAACAUCUCACCACUCCCAUGCUCUCACCGUUUCCAAAACAAUCAUAUGUUUCCCAUUCCCAUCCAGUAA